AUGAGUACAGAAUUACAACAAAAUAUUGAGGCAUUGGACAAACAUUUGAUACCUUCUGAAUCCAUUAUUCCUAAUGUAAAUGAACUCGUAAAUGUUUUAGCAUUCAAAGGUUCUCUUGAUCAUUUAUUAUCUGAUCUAGCAUAUCGUUCUUUAGAUCCUAAUCUCACAGUAUUGGAUGGUGGUCAAA